GUAAACGCUGAUGCUCGCGCAAGUAAGCAUGCGUCUUUACGUCCUCCUUUAACUAAUCGAUCCUGUCUGCCAUGUGACCGCAUAACCCGCUCACGAGCGCCGAGUUGCAUGAUCCGCUUUAAGUUUUUUUAAAGUGCGCUGCUACAGCUCGCAGCUGACACAGGAGUUGCCAUGGCGAGCGGCGGCGAGCAGAAAGUGGUGCUGAUCACCGGCUGCUCCUCUGGGAUCGGACUGCGGAUCGCCGUGCUGCUGGCCAGAGACGACCUGAAGCGUUACCAUGUUAUUGCCACUAUGAGAGACCUGAGAAAGAAGGACCGGCUGGUGGAGGCGGCGGGUGACACAUACGGAAAGACCUUGACACUGCUGUCCUUGGAUGUGUGCAGUGAUGACUCAGUCAGGCAGUGUAUUGACAGUGUAAAGGACCGCCACAUCGACAUUCUCAUUAAUAACGCAGGCGUGGGUUUGCUGGGCCCUGUGGAGAGCAUCAGCAUGGAUGACAUGAAGAAAGUGUUUGAGACCAACUUCUUCGGAACCGUGCGCAUGAUAAAAGAGGUCAUGCCGGACAUGAAGAAGAGGCGAGCCGGCCACAUUAUCGUCAUGAGCAGCGUAAUGGGCCUGCAGGGUGUGGUAUUCAAUGAUGUCUACACGGCCUCUAAGUUCGCCAUAGAGGGCUUCUGUGAGAGUAUGGCUGUGCAGCUGCUGAAGUUUAAUGUGAAACUAUCACUGAUUGAGCCAGGCCCAGUGCAUACAGAGUUUGAAACAAAGAUGAUGGAAGAGGUGGCCAAGAUGGAAUAUCCUGGAGCAGAUGCAGACACAGUCAGGUACUUCAAGGAUGUGUACAUACCAUCAUCCAUCGAUAUCUUUGAGGCACUGGGACAAACCCCUGAGGACAUUGCUAAAUGCACCAAGAAAGUGAUUGAAUCCAGCCGACCCCGAUUCCGGAAUCUGACCAACAGCCUCUACACACCCAUUGUGGCCAUGAAAUACGCGGAUGAGACCGGAGGACUCUCAGUGCACACUUUCUACAACCUGCUCUUUAACUUCGGCUCACUUAUGCAUAUCACCAUGAGCAUCCUCAAAUGCCUGACAUGCAGCUGCCUGCGCAGACGCACCAUUUCUCCUGACUGAAGAGGGCAGCAGUGAGACACACACACUCCCAAUUCCCUCAGUUUACAGCAGAACGGACACAACUCAGUGCAACAAACAGAAGAAUACAAUGCCUCAAAGGAAUAAUCCACAUUAAAACACACAUGCAUAAUUUGGAUUUUUUUCAGAUAAUCACGUGAGUUACUGUCAAAACCGACAUUGUUUUAAAGGAGUAAGCUGGUUUAAGUUAUUACCAUGAUUGUCAAUUAUGGAGCAUUUUUGCGUUAUUUUUGCAAACCAUACACCAUAACAGACCAUUCCAAAAGCUAAUUGUGAUGCUUAUGAUGUUCAUGAUUCAACUGAAAAAGAAUCACAUAGCUGCCUUUAUUUGUACUAAUGAUUUACAAUGUCUGUUUAACUCUUUCCCCACCAUUGCCGGAAUUUUCCAGCUUUCCGUGUUUUCACUGUCGUAUGGUAGGAGGCACUAUUAGACGUCUUCUGAAAGAGUACUGAACGUCUGGAUCAAAACACGACUGGCAGAGACCCAUCUGGGAGUAGAUGAGUCUGAAGCUCGGAGGGCAGAGGACUGAUGCAUUGCUGUUGCCGGAAGUAUUUUUAGAGGACUGACUACUGAGUCGUCAAACUAUAACAACAAACUUGGGCAGACUGAGGACUGUGAAGUUUAGUUAUGGAGAAUGUAGUAUAUUUGGGUGUUGUGAGGAACUGGGAUUUUUGACCAAAAGUCUGUAUGGGUACAGAAAUGGCAGGGAAAUAAACGGACAGUAAGAGUAAGAGUAUGGUUUGCAGUGAGGAAGAUGAGAGGAGAGUAAAUGAGUGGGAAAGUGUGGAAGAGGGAAAGAAUGGGGGGGGGGGGAAUGAAAGGAAG